AUGAGUUUACAAAGCUCUGUGAGAAGAGAUGCGUCACAAAUACUGACUGAAUUAGUUAAGUCUCCGAAGCGAGCUACUAAAUAUAAAAAAGCUUAUUUAACGUCCUUGCAAGUCGACACAACACAACUUACACCUCUCCGCACGUUAUCAAUGUUUGUGGAAGCCGACCUUACCAGGAAACAAUAUGAAAUAAUAAGAACUUCAAAUAAAAAAUUGUAUUCUUGCUACAGUGUAUUACAAAAAGAAAAACGUAAAUGCUAUCCUCAGAAGGAAUCAUAUAGAGUAACUGAAACAUGCGCCGAAAUUGAACUACAGCAUUUACUGGAUCAUACUGUAACCCGGCUUUUGACAUAUCUACAAGACAUUUUAACUGAUUUAACGCAAGAAGAACGUAAUACAUUAGAGCUGAUUAGUAAAUGGGGUUGUGAUGGGUCACAGCAAUCGCAAUUCAAGCAGAAAAUGCAAAAUAAUGACGCUACGGAUUCAAACAUAUUUCAAAGUUGCCUGGUCCCUCUUCAAUUAGUGUGUGGGAAAAACAAAAAAAAAAUCAUAUGGCAAAAUCCGACCCCAUCAUCACCCCGAUACUGUCGUCCAAUAAGGAUCAGAUUUGUAAAAGAAACGACUGAUAUUACAAACAGUGAAAUUAAUUAUGUGCAAAAUCAAAUAAAUUUGUUAAAAAACAAUUUAUUUAUGAAUGAAGGCGUGUCUGCAAGCGUGAGACAUUCCAUGGCAUUUACCAUGGUAGACGGGAAAGUGUGCAAUGCUGCUACACAAACAACGUCUACCAUGAGAUGUUAUAUCUGUGGAGCAACAUCAAAGCAGUUUAACGAUUUAACCAUUAAGAAGGUUGUGGAUGUUGAAGCCUUAGCGUUUGGUUUAUCCAUCUUACAUGCAAGAAUCAGAUUUUUUGAAAGUAUUCUACACCUUUCCUACAAACUGCCAGUAAAAAAAUGGCAAUUAAGGUCCGAAGCUGACAAAACUAUUGUCUUCAGAGAAGAAACAGGCUUAAUUGAUAUGCCUAAAGCCGGUUUCGGCAACACAAACGACGGAAAUACCAGUAGAAGAUUUUUCUCCAAUCCACAUAAGGCAAGUGAAAUCACUGGCGUUGACUUUAAUCUCAUUUAUAAACUAAAAAUAAUUUUAGAAGUCAUCUCAAGCGGUCACAAAGUUGAUUUAAAGAAGUUCGCAGAUUACUGUUUAGAAACUGCUAAAUAUUACAUCGCCUUAUAUCCAUGGCAUCCUAUAACCCCAACCAUGCACAAAAUUCUUGUGCAUGGUGCAACGGUAAUGGAAAUAGCUUUAUUGCCUAUUGGAAUGUUGUCUGAAGAGGCCGCAGAAGCCCGAAAUAAACAUUUCAGGCUAUAUCGGAAUAGCUUUGCACGAAAGUUUUCAAGAGAAGAAUGCAAUGUUGAUGUCUUGAAUAGACUGUUGUUAAGCUCUGAUCCAUUAAUAACAAGUCUAAGACCGAAACCACCAAAGUCUUCAAAACCUUUUUCAAAGGAAGCGAUUGAAAUGUUGAUUGCACCAGAUGUAGACGAAAAUGUGGAUAAUUCUGACUCCGAAGAGCAAGUAGAAGAAAAGGCAGAUGAGUCAGAAGAUGAACCCUGGCAUUCAUCAUCAAGUUGA